AUGUCAUCCGUAGCUUCAUCAUCUUCAUCUCGUGUUUUUUAUGUUAUUAGUGAAUGUCUUUCUCUGAUUCAGUCAAACUCAAUUGAAGAUCAAGAGAAAGGUCUUCAAGUGUUGGUUUCUAUCACAAAGGUCAGUUCCCAUAACAGAGCCUCGUUAGCUCAAACAGAAGGAGCUAUUUCAACAAUAGCCACACUGACAAACUCUUCCUUCCCUAUCAUUCAAACACUUUCCUUGUUAACUCUUUUCAACCUAUCUCUAAAUCCUGACUUGAAGCAAUCUCUUGCUGACAUGGACACCAUUUACUACCUCAACUCUCUCAUCACCAACUCAUCAUUUUUUCUUGGCUCCUCCAAAUUGGCCUCCUCGUUGAUUUGCAGCUUGGCCAUGCAUGAUAAAAACAAGGCCAAAUUUGGGGUGGCAGGCACAGUUCAACUGCUGGUGAAAGCAAUUGAAGGGUCUCAUGAUUCUUAUGCGCACCACCUUCUGAGUUCUCUGGCCGAGCUUGUUCAUUUUCAUGGAAACUGCACUUUAGCAGUGCGAGCUCGGGUAGUGCCAGUGUUACUUAAGGUGGUGAAGGACACUGAUAACGAGGACUUGGCAGGAACUUCUCUUACUAUUCUUAAUCUCCUUGCGAGGUUUGAUGAAGGGUUGAAUGGUUUGAAGAAAACGGAUAAGAUAGUUGAGACAAUGUUGAGUGUAUUGAAGGGUAGGUCUUUGCUGAGCAAGGAGGGUGCAACUGAUAUCCUUAUUCGUCUUUUUGAUGACAGUGAAGCGUGUGUCACUGAGGCUUUGGUAUUGCCAGAAUUUUCAACGGUGUUGGCUGAUCUUUGUGUAAGGGGUUCAGUGAGAGUUCGUGAUAAGGCAGAUUUUUUGAUGAAGAAGAUGGCAGAGCUGAGCUUCGACUCUGAUAUGGAAGUAUGCUCCCUUCAUGGUUAA